AUGGCUCAUAGGAAACUUCAACAGGAAAUAGACAGGGUCUUUAAAAAGAUCAAUGAAGGUCUAGAUAUAUUUGAUAGUUAUUAUGAAAGGCAUGAAAGUUGUACAAAUAAUCCGUCUCAAAAAGAGAAACUCGAAUCUGAUCUUAAACGUGAAGUAAAAAAACUACAAAGGCUACGAGAACAGAUCAAAUCAUGGCAGAGCUCACCAGAGAUAAAAGAUAAAGACUCUCUGCUAGAAUACCGAAGGUCAGUAGAAACUGCGAUGGAAAAAUAUAAAGCUGUUGAGAAGGCCUCAAAAGAGAAGGCUUACUCUAAUAUAAGUUUAAAAAAAUCAGACACGCUGGGCCCUCAAGAAAAGGAGAUAAAAGAAGUUUCCGAUUACCUCUCACAAGAGAUUGACGAGUUGGAAAGACAAUAUGAAGCUGCUCAGAUAGAAAUUGACCGACUUAUAGUGUUGAACAAAAAGAAAAAGACUGCAUCAGCAGCAAACGAUGAAAAGAAAGACCAACUAAAAGCAUUACAGCUUCGUUAUCGUUGGCAUCAGCAGCAAAUGGAACUUGCAUUAAGGUUGUUAGCCAACGAGGAAUUAGAUCCACAAAAAGUAAAUGCUAUCAAAGAUGAUAUUCGAUAUUUCAUCGAAUCAAACAGAGAACCUGAUUUUGUGGAAGAUGAAACUAUUUAUGAUACUCUAGAUUUAACCUCAAAUGAAGCUAUUGCUCAUGAAGUGGCACAAUAUUUUGCUGCACAAAGUUCAGAAGAUAAUCUAGGCGGCGAAAACAACGAACCAAUAGAUUUGGAUUCGAUAGACACGUCAAAACUUUCUAAGAAGGAAUUGAGGAAACUAGAGAGAGAGGCUAAAAAAGCAGCAAAGGUGGCCGCUAAAAACGCUGCUAUCGCUACAGCAAAUGCUCCACCAACUAUAUCAAUACCAGCUGCAAAACCUCAGUCAGCAGAUUCAUCCAUUAUUUCUAACUCAGAUGAUAAAAAUGAUGAUAAGAGCAAUAAUAAGAGCGAGUCGGUAUCUCCUAUAGUUAGUAAAAUUGAAAAUUCAACGGCAAAUACAACUCCUCGUAGUCCUCUAGUGAAAAAGCCCACAACUUCGACACCUGUAUCAUCUAGGCCGACAACCACUGGCUUCAAUACUGACACAGCUGAAAUAAAGGGUAGUCAUACGCACAUUCAAACUCAAAAUGGAAUGACAAGUUCUACCAUUCUAAAACCAGCUGUGGUUCCAGCCAGGCCGGCAGGUGAUUUAAAAUGGUCUGUUGCAGCAUCUCAUGGUAUAGAAAAAGAACGCAAAAUAAAUUCACCUCCUUCUUUGGUAGCUACUAUGUCUUCGCGCUCAAAUUCGAUAACUCAACAAACAAAUGAGCAGACUCCCACAAUUUCAAAGACACAAAUCAACACUACUGGAACAACAUUGGCAGAAAGAUUGGAAAAAGCGCACGAACAAAGCGUGUCUGCCGCAACUCAAAUCAAUUCAGUGUCUGAGCAAACGAAACCUGCUGAACCACAAAAUGAUAAUGCCAAAGGCUCUAUGGACAAUACAUCAGAUGAGAAUAAUAAUAAAGAGCAAGAAGUGAAUAUUGACAGUCCUAUAUUGGAAGCACCUCUAUUUUCAGAUUUCUCUGAUUCAGACUAUGAGGAAAUCGAAAGUGACUCUGAAGAACAAUUGUCAUUGGAUGAAUCAAAUACUCAGAACUUGAAGAAAGAGCAUUUGAAAUCUGCUUUAUCUUCUGAUUUUGAAAUGCUUUUGCUACCAAGUGGUAUUCAAGAGUUUAUUAUGGGCAUGGAUUUGACGAAGAAUAAUAUAACAACAACUUCAGAAGGUAAGAUAAGAAGAUCCAGAGAUACCUGCAAUAUAUUCAGACUAGAUAAUGUUCCUUAUGGCGUUAAUCCGCCUUCACCUCUUGAUGCUUUCAGAUCGGCACAGCAAUGGGAUACAGCUCGUCAUUCAUUAUGGUCUUCUUUAAGAAACAAUGAAGCAAAUUUCAAUGAAGAAAUCUUGAUGUCAAAAUUUGAAUCGUUGGACAUGUUCACUCUAUUUUACAACUAUUACUUUAGUGUAACGCCCUUAGAAAAGCAGAUCGCUUCUAAAGUACUCAAAAAUAGAGAGUGGAGAGUGGCUAAUAAUGAAGUUAUGUGGUUCUUAAGACAAGGAGAACCUAAACUAGUGAAUGAUCAGUACGAAAUUGGAGAUUAUAAAAUAUUUAAACUGGACGACUGGACAGUGAUUGAUAAGGUCAAUUUCAAACUUGACUACGGAUUAUUAAAAGAUAAUCAAAAACAAAGCAAUACUGAUGGUCGGGAUACAGAACAAAAUUCUCUAACUGGAGAUGAUGAUAAUGCACUAUCUCAUGGACAACAACUUCUGCAACAACUGAAAAGGGGCAAAGACUCCAUAUCUGCAUAA